UUAUCUUGCACGAACAAUUAACGAGACAUUAAUUAUUAGAGACGAAGAAGCUAAAGAGAAUUUAUUAUGUAAUUCUGUUAUAUUCUCUGAAAGAAAUUUAAGGGAAGGAAGCACCUCCAUAAUCUCUUUCAUCUCUUCUGUAAGUGCGCGUGUUACUAAGGCGGAGGAUGGUCUAAUAAUCUCACCUCCAUGCAACUCUAUUCAAUACCGACUGAAAAACCAUUUUUUUAUCCACGCAGGUUAAGCAGACAACAAAGAGGUCCUAGCGGAGCCUAAGCGCUCCAUUCGUCAAUACUGUAAAACGGAGCAAAAGAGCAGCUUUGAUUGUUGACCACAAAAUUGAGGAGAUGCGAUUCAACAAAUUGAUCGAGGAGAUGACUCCAAAGGAAAAUAUCCUGACACAAAAUUUAUUUUAAGCCAUUGAGGCAACUUGAUUAAUCUCAAGAAAUGAAGAGUUAAGUGUGUUGUCCCAGCUACUGGUCGCAGCGCAGCCUCCAUCCACAAAUUUUCUUCCUUUUCCCCAUUUAGAUUAGUUAAUUUGAAGACGGCAGAGAGAAUCUCAUCACCUAAAAGAAUACAAAAAGAGAAAAGCUGAGCUCCCGCUGCUGCAGAAGAGUGUCAGAAGAGAGUGAUAUCAUAUAGUAUGACCCACAUUUAAUUGACACAAGAGGGAAUUCAGAGUUGCAGCAACUGAGAAUUUCCACAAACAUCAGGGCAUUUAUAUACAAGUGCCAGAAGAAAUAAUUGAGAAAGCAGCCAAAAGAAAAGCAACAUAAGGACUUGAAAGAGGAUAAGAAUAACUAUUGAGCCUUGCCCAAGUUGAGUUAGCAAGGAUGAUGAAUUGAAAUCUUAACAAGUUGAAAAUUUUAAUGGAGAGCUCAAACGAACAUAUGUUAAAAGAAGAAAAGAAGACUGAAACUAAGCAAGAUCACAAGAGUGAGCAAAAUGAUGAAGGAAACAACAUGGCUCCAUUUUACAAGUUGUUCUCUUAUGCAGACUCCAUGGAUAUUGCUUUAAUGAUCAUAGGCACAGCUGGCGCUGUGGCAAAUGGACUUGUACUUCCUCUCACUACACUGUUUUUUGGAAAUUUGAUCAACUCUUUUGGAAGAACUGUGGACAUUCAGAAUGUGUUACAUGAAGUCUCCAAGGAAACCCUCAAAUUUGUGUAUUUGGCACUUGGAGCAGGCAUAGCUUCUUUUCUCCAGGCGUCCUGUUGGAUGCAUACAGGUGAGAGACAAGCAGAAAGACUGAGGAAAGUAUACUUGAAGGCUAUUUUAAGGCAGGAGAUUGCAUUCUUUGAUAAGGAAAUUAACACUGGAGAAAUUGUUGGGAGGAUUUCAGGUGAUUCGAUCAUCAUUCAAGAUGCCAUGGGUGAAAAGGUUGGUCAGUUCAUUCAGCUAAUAUCAACAUUCUUUGGAGGUUUUACAGUAGCAUUUGUCCAAGGUUGGCUCCUGACCCUUGCUAUGUUGUCUACCAUUCCUCCUCUUGUAUUUGCUGGCGCAAUCAUCUCUAAAGUUAUGGCAAAGAUGGCAUCACAAGGGCAGACAGCUUAUGCAGCAGCAGCAGAUCUUGUAGAGCAAACAAUUAAUUCUAUUAGAAUUGUUGCAUCUUUUACUGGGGAGAAACAAGCCGUGGAUAAAUAUUGUCAAUCCUUGAAACUGUCGUACCAUUCGAGUGUUAAAGAGGGUCUUGUUGCUGGAAUAGGGCUUGGCACUGCUAUGCUACUAUUCUUUUGUGGAUAUGCUCUUGGGAUUUGGUACGGCUGUAAAUUGAUACUUGAGAAAGGGUAUACAGGCGGUGAUGUAUUCAAUGUCAUCUUUGCAGUUCUUACCAGCUCCCUAUCUUUAGGCCAAGCAUCUCCCUGCCUGAGUUCUUUCGUAGGCGGACAAGCUGCAGCAUUCAAAAUGUUUGAAACCAUAGAAAGAAAACCAGAAAUAGAUGCCGAGAAUACUGAAGGAAGGACGCCUGAAGACAUCCAUGGAAACAUUGAAUUUAAAAAUGUAUGCUUCAGCUAUCCAGCAAGACCAUCAGAACAUAUAUUCAAGGAUUUAUCACUUGUCAUAAAAAGUGGCACAACAGUGGCUUUAGUUGGAGAAAGUGGGAGUGGAAAAUCAACAGUGAUUAGUUUGAUUGAAAGAUUUUAUGAUCCACAAGAUGGCGAAGUACUUAUAGAUAACAUCAAUCUCAAAGAGUUCCAACUGAAAUGGAUUAGAAGAAAGAUAAGCCUUGUCAGCCAAGAGCCUGUCCUCUUCACCUGUAGCAUUAGAGACAACAUAACUUAUGGAAAAGAAGAUGCUACCAUUGAAGAGAUAAAAUCUGCAGUUGAACUAUCAAAUGCAUCUAGCUUCAUAAACAAACUGCCACAGGGAUUUGACACAAUGGUUGGAGAGUAUGGAACUCAGCUAUCAGGAGGACAAAAACAAAGACUGGCUAUAGCAAGAGCUAUUUUGAAAGAUCCACGAAUUCUGCUUCUUGAUGAAGCUACAAGUGCACUAGAUGCGGAGUCUGAGCAAUUGGUGCUGAAAUCACUAGAGAAGGUCAUGCAUGCUCGCACAACUAUCAUUGUUGCCCACCGUAUGAGUACAGUUACUAACUCAGAUACCAUAGUUGUAUUACAGAAAGGUUCAAUUGUUCAAAAAGGUUCUCACAGAGAACUGCUAAAGAAUAAAGGGGGAGCAUAUUCACAACUCCUACACUUGCAGGAAAUGAAGCAAGAUUCAGAACAGGAUAGAGUUGUUAGCUUAGCAGAAUCUGGCAGACAAGCUAGUCAGAGGAAUAAUUUCCCUCGUUCUAUCAGCCGAGGAAGAUCUGUGGGUCCUCGUCACUCCUUUUCAGUACCAUUUGUUUUACCGUUAGGACUUGAAAUUCAAGAUAACUCAAUGGAACCAGAUAUGCCUGAGGCAUCAUCAUCAUCCCAGCACAAAUCACAAGAUCUGCCAUUACUGCGACUUGCUUAUCUUAACAAGCCAGAGCUCCCAAUCUUCAUACUUGGAGUAAUUGCUGCUAUUUUUAAUGGGAUAAUUCUACCCAUCUUUGGUGUUCUUUUAUCCAAUAUGAUUGAAACAUUUUACCAACCACCAAAUAAGCUAAAGAAGGAUUCCAGGUUUUAUGCGAUUAUGUUCAUAGUCCUUGGUUUACUGUCUUUGUUAGCAAUGCCAGCUAGAUCGUACUUCUUUGCUAUCGCUGGAUCUCGGUUAAUCAGUAGAAUAAGAGUAAUGACAUUUGAGAAGAUCGUUAAUAUGGAGAUAGAAUGGUUUGAUGAUUCUGAAAACUCAAGUGGAGCAGUUGAAGCAAGGCUAUCAGUGGAUGCCGCUGCAUUCAGAAGCCUUGUGGGUGACAAUCUAGCACUACUGGUUCAGAACACAGCAACUCUGUCUAUUGGUUUAGCCAUUGCCUUCGCUGCAAAUUGGCAGCUUUCAUUCAUAAUCUUGGGUUUGAUCCCUCUAAUAGGCCUAAAUUCAUGGGCUCAAAUUGUGUUCAUGAAAGGCUUUACUGUUGAUGCAAAGAUUAUAUAUGAGAAGGCAAGCCAAGUAGCAAGUGAUGCUGUGGGAAAUAUAAGAACAGUCGCCUCAUUCACAGCUGAAGAGAAGGUCGUGGAACUUUACAAGGAGAGAAGUAAAAGCCCAAAGAGGACUGGAAUUAGGCAAGCAGUUAUUAACGGAACUGGCAUUGGACUCUCUUUUUUCUUGCUAUUCUGUGUAUAUGCAGCCAGUUUCUACGCUGGAGCAAGGCUUGUUCAGGAUGGAAAGACAACAUUUGGGAAAGUUUUUCGAGUGUUCUUUGCAUUGGCUAUGGCAGCUAUAGGAGUCUCCCAUUCAAGCAACGUUGCACCAGAUUCUAAUAAAGCCAGAUGUGCUGUAGCUUCUGUGUUAGCAAUUCUAGACCGAAAAUCUAAGAUAGAUGCAAGUGAUGAUUCUGGGACAAAAUUGGAAGAACUCAGAGGCAACAUAGAGUUCCAGCAGGUCCGAUUUAGUUAUCCCACAAGAAAAGAAGUCCAAGUUCUUCAGAAUUUGACUUUGUCUAUUAAAUCUGGAAAGACAAUCGCACUAGUUGGUGAGAGCGGAUGCGGAAAAUCAACCAUAAUAUCAUUGUUGCAAAGGUUUUAUGAUCCUGAUUCUGGACAGAUACUGUUAGAUGGAAUCAACAUCAAUAGAUUUCAGAUUAAGUGGUUAAGGCAACAGAUGGGUUUAGUAAGCCAGGAACCAUCAUUGUUCAAUGACACAAUUCGAGCUAAUAUUGCUUAUGGGAAAGAAGGAAAAGCAACCGAGGCAGAGAUAGUAGCAGCAUCUGAGUCAGCCAAUUCCCACAACUUUAUAUGCGCCCUCCAACAGGGAUAUGACACGGUUGUUGGUGAAAGAGGUGGACAGUUAUCUGGAGGUCAGAAGCAAAGAGUAGCCAUUGCACGUUCCAUAGUGAAAGAACCAAAAAUAUUGCUCUUUGAUGAAGCAACAAGUGCACUUGAUGCAGAAUCCGAGUUGGUAGUUCAAGAAGCAUUGAACCAAGUGAAGGUAAACCGAACCACAGUGGUCAUUGCCCACAGACUUUCUACCAUAAAAAAUGCAGAUUUAAUCUAUGUGAUAAAGGGUGGGGUGAUAGCAGAAAAAGGAACACAUGAUAUGAUGAUCAAUAAUGGCGGACUCUAUGCUUCCUUGGUAGCACUUCAUUCAAAAGGGCAUCAUGGUUAAAAUCCAUCUCUUCAACAAACUUCAGAAAUUGAUGGCAUGCCAAUUUUGUUUCAUUUCUUCUUCCUUUUAACAAACAUCCUCCCGCCCUCAACUCUCGCCUGUUUUAACUUAAUGAGGUAAUAAUGCUCGUGAAUAUGUAACAGAGCUAUACAAAGAGAAGAGGUCCUGCAGUGGAGAAUAAAUACAAGUAAAAAAAAAUCAGAAAUUCUAGUUUUUGCAAGGUACAAAGUUCAUUUAAAUCUGCAUGAGUUUGUGUUGAACAGAUUUGGAGAAGACUAAGUUUAUUCAGAUGAAAAAUUCCUGCACUUUUUGCAUGAUGCAUCUAAGGAUUGGUAAAAUUUAAUGACAUUCUCCAUCCUAACUUCGAGAAUUGAUGGGAAUUUAAUACAAGAAGCCUCUCGAGAAGAUAUAUAGGUGCAUGUGCAUCGGUUGUAAAGUAGAAUCACGAGGCGAUAGAAUCAAGUGCAUCCCAUUUGGCAUGAAUAUUGGUAUCUCUCAGUGUCCAUAUAGAAUACAAAUGUAUUGUUUACUUUAGUUUACUUCAACUCAAGUACACAACCAUCACAUUUGUAAGAUGGUAGAGUAACACGACCACCAUUAUCUAGUAUUCAAACAAUCAAUCAACAUAGUCAAAUCCAUUGUAUCUGGCUCUUGUAGCUCAACUAUUGUAGGACAAGAACAACUAUGGUUAUGAGACAAAUAUCAUUUCGUCCUCUGAUGUCUUUAAGUGAUCUGAUCAUUAUCAUAAUAUUUAACGAGUAUAUGUCA